AUGGUUUCAUCAACUAAUGCAGUAAAGAAAUCUAUCACUAUUAGCAAAACAGCUUAUGAAGCAUCUGAAGAUGCUGAUGCCAUAGUUAUUACAACUGAAUGGGAUGAAUUUAAGUUAACUCGUAAGGAAGGCGAUGACAUCAGUUAUGCUAAAAAAUCAAUGGAUAUUAAGAUUCUUGAUAUUAUUGGUAUAUUGUUGAUGGUCUUGCCAAUAGCAAUACAAUUGCCAUUAGCAGCUUUUGCUGGUCAUGAAGCUGACAUCAACAACAUACAAUUUGCCGAGUUAUUCUUCACUAUUCACUACCUGAUUUACGUUGUACGUGGAUUUACGUUUAUCUUUAUAACCGCUUACAUCUGGUCCAAGAUUUAUUCUUUGCUUAGUGGCUAUAUUAAUUGUAUAUAUAAAAAUGAUUCCACUAAAAAUAUUCCUAGUAUUAGGAGACUAAAAACUACUAGAAAAGUU